CUGCUGCCAUCAUGUCCAUGUUCCCCAGGCUGGUGGCCUUGGUGAGGCCCGGGCAGGGCCGCCCUGCAGGCCUCUUGUGGCGGCGAUGGACCGGUCCUCUCGAACUCAGCCCCGCCCCACAGAUGUCCACCUCUGGUCCGCCCGGGGGCCGCGUCAAUAGUUCCGGGCUAUUCUUCUUUGUGGGCCUGUCGGCCUUAGGAGCCGGCGUUUACGCCUACAGGACGGUGAAAGAAGACCAGAGGAGAUACGAGGAGCGGCUGGCCGGCCUCGGCCGGACCCCGGAGGAAAAGCGGGCCGCGGCGGCCGGUGGUCCUGGAGCGGCGGGGCCCCUUCCCCAGGCACCAACUCACGCUCCUUUCCUGCUCAUCGGGGGCGGCACCGCUGCCUUCGCGGCCGCCAGGUCCAUCCGGGCCCGGGAUCCCGGGGCCAGGGUCCUCAUCGUGUCCGAAGACCCCGACCUGCCCUAUAUGCGUCCCCCGCUGUCCAAAGAGCUGUGGUUCUCCGACGACCCCCAAGUCACCGAAACGCUGCGCUUCAAACAGUGGAACGGAAAGGAGAGGAGUAUCUAUUUCCAGCCGCCUUCUUUCUACGUUUCGGCCCAGGACCUGCCGCACAUCGAGAACGGCGGUGUGGCCGUCCUCUCCGGCAGGAAGGUCGUGCAGCUCGACGUGAGAGCCAACGUGGCCAAGCUCAGCGACGGCGCCCAGAUCUCCUACGAAAAGUGUCUGAUCGCAACCGGGGGCACGCCGAGGAAUCUGCCGGCCAUCAGCAGGGCCGGGCCCGACGUGAAGAAGAGGACGACGCUCUUCAGGAAGAUCGAGGACUUCCGUGCCCUAGAGAAGAUUUCCCGCGAGGGGAAGUCCAUCGCCAUCAUCGGGGGCGGCUUCUUGGGCAGCGAGUUGGCCUGCGCCCUGGGCCGGAAAGCCCGGGCGUCCGGCUCGGCGGCGGAGGUCGUCCAGGUCUUCCCCGAGAGCGGAAACAUGGGCAAGAUCCUGCCGGAAUACCUCAGCAGCUGGACCACGGAGAGGGUCCGGAAAGAGGGGGCCAAGGUGCUGACUGGUGCCGUGGUGCAGGCCGUCGACUUCCGAGGCGGCAAGGUGGUCAUCGAGCUGAAAGACGGCCGCAAGGUGGAGACGGACCACAUAGUAGCCGCCGUCGGCCUGGAGCCCAACGUGGAGCUGGCCAAGUCUGGGGGACUGGAGGUGGAUUCGGAUUUCGGGGGCUUCCGGGUGAACGCCGAACUACAGGCCCGCUCCAACAUCUGGGUGGCCGGUGACGCCGCCAGCUUCUACGACCUGAAGCUGGGCCGGAGGCGAGUGGAGCAUCACGACCACGCCGUGGUCAGCGGGCGACUGGCGGGAGAGAACAUGACGGGCGCCGCCAAGCCCUACUGGCACCAGUCGAUGUUCUGGAGCGACCUGGGCCCCGACGUCGGCUACGAAGCCAUCGGCCUCGUGGACAGUAGCCUGCCCACGGUGGGGGUCUUCGCCAAAGCCACCGCCAAAGACAGCCCACGGUCCGCCACGGAACAGUCAGGGACGGGCAUCCGCUCGGAGAGCGAGACCGAGUCGGAGGCCUCGGACGUGUCCGUCCCCGCCGGGGGCUCGGCCGGACCCCAGGCCCCCCGGCCGGGAGAGGACUACGGCAAAGGCGUCGUCUUCUACCUCAGAGAUAAAGUGGUCGUGGGCAUCCUGCUCUGGAACAUCUUCAACCGGAUGCCCAUCGCCCGGAAGAUCAUCAAAGACGGCGAGGAGCACGAGGACCUCAAUGAGGUGGCCAAGCUCUUCAGCAUCCACGAAGACUGAAGCCCUCGCGGUGAGGCGGAGCGAGGCAGGGGCGAGGCCCUGUCCCCUCCUCACCUUUCUUUUUUUUUUUUUGGCACCGCUCAAUAAAAUGGAUUGUUCUCCGCUC